AUGGUCUUUACCGCAGGUCUCGCCUUCGUCGCGAUCGGAACAUACGUCGCGCCCAAGGUCUCGUUUGACUCGUCCACGGCCAUGAUGGGCAACUUCAAGUCAUCCAUUGAAACGUUGCCUCAGAAGCCAGAACCAGAAUUCAUCGACACAAGAGAUGCCUCGCUGCCGCGAUACCGCCUGUCAGAGGUGAAGGAGCAUGAUGGCAAAUCGGAGCGGCCGUGGGUAAUCCAUGGCGAUAAAGUCUACGACAUUACGGAAUGGAUUUCGGCUCACCCAGGCGGUUCCGUCAUCCUGAGAGCGGCUGGUGGCUCUAUCGAGCCAUACUGGAACAUUUUCGCGAUUCACAAAAAUCAAUACGUGUACGACAUUCUGCAGCAGUACUUGAUUGGCUUCGUGCACCCGGCCGACUUGCAGGACGGAAAGCCACCUCAGGACGCCAUUGAAGAUCCUUUUGCCGACGACCCUAUUCGCCAUCCCGAUCUCAUCACCAAGACUGCGAAGCCACGCAAUGCCGAAACACCAGGCGAAGCCAUGAGCGCGCAGUUUCUUACGCCCAACGACCUCUUCUACGUUCGCAAUCACAUGUGGGUGCCCCGCAUCGCAGAGGACGAAUCAGACAACCACCUUUUAUCUAUCGAGUUGCUCGACGGUAGCGUUAAAGAAUACACGCUGAGCGAUCUCAAGGCCAAAUUCCCCAAGCACGAAGUUACUGCUGUUUUGCAAUGCUCUGGCAAUCGCCGUAAACACAUGUCGGAAGGAUCUGGCCGCGCGACGAAUGGCCUUCAAUGGUCUGCAGGUGCCAUUUCCAACGCAUGCUGGGAGGGCGUACUCCUUGCCGACGUGCUCAAGGAUGCCGGAUUUGAAAACGACCAAGGCAUGAGCGGAACCAGCGAAGUCAAGCACGUCCAGUUCAACGGCAUGGAGGCUUAUGGCGCAUCGAUCCCCAUCCGCAAGGCUGUUGAUCCCCAAGGCGACGUCCUUCUUGCGUAUGGCAUGAAUGGCAAGCCGCUCCCUCGCGAUCACGGCUAUCCAUUGCGUGCCAUCGUUCCUGGCCAUGUCGCCGCUCGAUCCGUCAAGUGGCUGAACCAGAUCACGCUAAGCGAGGACGAGAGCAUGAGCCAGUGGCAGCGCAAGGACUACAAGUGCUUCGGCCCCAACCAGACCAAGGUCGAUUGGGAAAAAGCACCCGCGAUUCAAGAAUUACCAGUGCAGAGCGCCGUCACCUCAUUAAAGCUCGGCGAAUGGGUCAAGGAGAAGCCCGCCGCCGCGGCUGGCACGGACGCCGGCCAAAACGAGCCCACCGCCGCUGAUGACGCACGUGAGCUGACCCUCAGCGGAUAUGCCUUUUCUGGCGGCGGUCGUUCCAUCAUCCGUGUCGACGUCUCCAUCGACGCCGGCAAGAACUGGACGCAAGCCUACCUCUUACCCGACUGCGAUCCCAAACCGGGCUCCCCGUCGCUGUGCCACGGCCAUGGUGCGUGGACGUGGAAGCGGUGGAUGUACAAGGGCGCGAUCGCCGCCAGUGUGUUCCGAAACGGUGAGCCUGAGAAGACGGCCGACGACAAGUCUGUCGAGAACGGAACGCCCCCGCCCGCCGAGUCUACCGAUACCGGCGGGACGGAGAAGACGACAGGCCGGCGCUGCACGACGCUCCUGGUCAAGGCCACUGACGAGGUGUACAACUGCCAGCCGGAAAGCCACGCCGCGACGUGGAACUUCCGCGGCAAUCUGGCGAACGCGUGGCACCGGGUGCAGGUAUGCAGUGAAUGUGCGCCUGAAAAGAAUAAGAAGCAGCAGGAGAAGGAGGAAAAGAAGGAGAAGAAGGAUUAG